GUUUUGUCCUCAGAAGUUCAUGGGCCAGGAAAGCAAAAACCAGACAUGGGUGAGCGAGUUCAUUCUGCUGGGGCUAUCCAGUGACCGGGGCACACGGGUAUUCCUUUUUGUCCUGAUCCUGAUCAUGUACAUGGUGACUAUUGGGGGAAAUUCCCUCAUUCUCCUUCUGAUCAGACUGGACAGCAGGCUUCAUAACCCCAUGUACUUUUUCCUUAGUGUCCUGUCCUUUGUCGACCUUUGUUAUGCAAACAGUUUGGCUCCACAAAUGCUAUAUCACUUGCUCUCACCCCAAAUGCCCAUCCCUUUCCACAGCUGCGUGCUCCAGCUCUAUACUUCCCUGGCACUGGGUGGGUCUGAGUUCUUCCUGCUGGGAGCCAUGGCCUAUGACCGCUACGUGGCAGUGUGCCAUCCAUUGCACUACACAGUCAUCAUGCAUGGAAGGCUGUGCCUGGGACUUGCUGCUGGCUGCUUGGUGGCUGGUUUCACAAACUCACUAAUGGAAACAAUCAUAACCUUCCGCCUUCCUCUGUGUCACACUAUUAUUAAUCACUUUGCCUGUGAGACCCUAGCGGUGCUACGGCUGGCUUGUGUGGACAUCUCCUUCAACCAGGUCAUGGUGUCCAUCUCAGGAUUUCUGGUGAUUGUGCUUCCCUGCUCCCUGGUUUUAUUCUCUUAUGCUCGAAUAGUUGCUGCCAUUCUACAAAUUAGUUCUGCCCAAGGACGUAGCAAAGCCUUUGGCACCUGUGCCUCUCACCUCACUGUGGUUUGCAUGUGCUUUGGCGCCACCAUCUUUACCUACCUAGGCCCACAGUCUGCAUCCUCAGAAGAAAAAGAGAAGAUGAUUGCUCUGUUCUAUGCUGUGAUAGCGCCCAUGUUGAACCCUUUGAUCUACAGCUUAAGGAACAGAGAAGUUAUGGCUGCAUUACAGAGAGUUCUAGAAAAAGUCAGAUAAAGGAUCAAGAAUCUUAAGAACUUCUUGUUAUCUGUCAUCAAAAAAAGAUAGUGUUGAGAGGACUCACAUAGUUACACUAAAAAUUAUUAUGGCCUGAUCCAUGCAAAAAAUAAUGUAGUCCUCUGCAUGCUUAAUGAAUUUCCUUUUAUAGAUCAAUAUUUGAUAAGUUACAUGUUAGUGAUUCAUGAGAGCCCUCUUUUUUAGAGCAUAUUUUCUCAGAGGUCCAGGGUUCUUUGCACUUUGUCUGCCCAUGCUUUGGAUUUUGUCACUGUAUCAUUGUAUAAAGAAUGAUGCCUAGCUCCAUCAAAGAUAACUGGUUUGAAAUCCUUGUUCUGACUUUCACCAGCGAUACCAUCUGGCCAGUUAGUUAACAUUUUAUGGCUUAACUUGUCUUCUUUGUUAAAAAAAUAGCACUUACCUUCUAGAAUGGUUGUAAAUACUAGAGAUAAUUUGUGUAAAAUGCCUACAUUACAGUUGACAGUUUCAAGUAAUCUGUUAUCUUUAGCCAGGUCAGUGUUCCAAAUUGUCAACAAAUAUGCAAACAUUACUAGAAUAUAUAGCGAAUGAAUGCUGUCAUUCUUGGAAAUAACUUCCAGAAAUUAAAGGUACAAUCACUUUAGACAUUUUGGGAUAUCUCUUGAACUCUGACCCUUUCUGACAAAGAAGACAAUUUUAUACUAACCAUAAAUAAACCAGGUAAACUGUAAUAUUUGUUUUAUUUUCAUAACUAUGAUGCUUUAUGGAUGUUUUAAAUGACCUAGGUUCUCAAAAUUUGAAAUUAAGAUAUUCUUUAUAUAGCUUUGCAACUGUGAUGUAACUAAGGACAUUUCUGAUAAAUUUCAUUACCCGAAAUAAACUUACCUAUAAUUCCAUAUUUACAAGAAAUUUUUGAA